CAAUUCUUGAAAUCUGAUAAUGCGUCAAAAGCUAAAGAAAACGUAAUGUUUUGUAUUUUAAAUGUUUUAUACAAUUUUUAGAAAUGUUUUACAGAAGAGCUGUUUGUAGGCCAUCAAGAAAACUGGGCUUCUGCUUACAAAAGGAACAUGAACGAACCAUACAAAGUCGGCAAUUUAAUGAAACGACGGGAAAUUACAUCUGCCCUAACAUGGUGAGAGGAAUAGACCAUUUGAGAGAUCCCAGACUAAAUAAGGGUCUUGCAUUUACUUUAGAGGAACGGCAGGCACUCGGUAUACAAGGACUAUUAGCUGCAGACUUUAAAACUCGAGAAGAACAGUUAAAUAUCUGCAGAAUAUCGAUAGACAGAUAUAAAGAUGACCUCAAUAAGUAUCUAUAUUUAGUGGAACUACAGGAUACAAAUGAAAGAUUAUUCUUUAGUCUAAUUUCACAGAACAUUGACAAGUAUAUGCCGAUUGUUUAUACGCCAACUGUAGGCUUGGCUUGUCAGAGAUUUGGACUCAUCUACAAGAAACCGAGAGGGCUGUUCAUUACUAUUAAUGACAGAGGCCAUGUUCUGAACAUUUUACAAAAUUGGCCUGAGAAUGACGUGAGAGCUAUUGUGUUUACCGAUGGAGAACGGAUUCUUGGACUUGGAGAUUUGGGCGCGUACGGGAUGGGGAUUCCUGUUGGGAAACUGGCAUUGUAUACUGCCCUGGCUGGAAUACCUCCUCAUCAAUGUUUACCCAUAACAUUAGACGUCGGUACGGACAAUCAGACCCUUCUAGAAGAUCCGUUGUAUAUUGGAUUACGUCAAAAGAGAGUUCGAGGAAAAGAGUAUGAUGAUUUUAUAGCAGAAUUUAUGGCUGCGUGCGUGAAAAAAUUUGGAUCCCAUGUUCUUUUACAAUUUGAAGACUUUGCUCUCAUAAAUGCAACGCCUCUGCUUCAUAAAUACAAAGACAGAUAUUGCACUUUCAAUGAUGACAUUCAGGGCACGGCUAGUGUGUCUGUGGCUGGACUUUUGGCAACUGAGAGGAUAUCGAAAAAGAAGAUUACUGAAUACAGUUACAUGUUCUUAGGUGCUGGCUCUGCCGCUACUGGAAUUGCAAGUCUAAUUGUAGCAGCCAUGGUGGACAGCGGAAUGCAAAAGAGCGAUGCUCUAGAACGCAUUUUUAUGUUCGACGUUGAUGGUCUCCUCUCUACUAAACGGGAGACUGGUGUACCCGAACACGCGAAGGAAUUCGGCAGAGAUUUAGAACCCACGAAGGAUUUUGCAGCGAGUGUUGAGAUAUACAAACCUACAUGCUUAAUUGGCUGUUCGACAGUUGGUGGAGCUUUUACCGAGAAGAUUUUGAAAACAAUGGCUAAGAACCACGAGAGGCCAGUCAUAUUUGCCUUAUCGAAUCCAACAAGCAAGGCGGAAUGUACGGCCGAACAAGCUUACACUCAUACCGAAGGCAGAUGUAUUUUCGCUUCGGGAUCGCCGUUUGCUCCAGUUAAAUAUAAAGGGAAGGAAUACCAUACAGGACAGGGAAACAAUGCGUAUAUAUUUCCUGGAUUAGCGCUUGGUGUGAUUGCUUCACAAGCAAAAUGUGUUACCGAUGUCAUGUUUCUUAUGGCAGCUAGAACCGUCGCAAAUUCUGUCAGCGAAUCAGAUUUAGCUCUCGGAAGAAUAUACCCUCCUCUUUCUGAUAUAACAAAAGUCUCCUUCAAUAUUGCCGUUGAAAUUUGUCAGAUGGCUUACGAGAAAGGACUUGCGACUGUUCACCCAAAGCCUGCUGACUAUAAAGCGUUCGUGAAAGAAAACAUUUAUGAUUUGAAUUACCACAGUUGCUUACCGAACUUCUUUAAGUAUCCCAAACCCCCUAAAGUUAAUGUGAAGACUGUAGAAGAAGCAUAUAAGGAUAUACUCCCAACUCCACCUCCAAGAUAAUCAAAUGAAUAAUUAUCUAUGUAAGUAGUUUAUACAUGAAAUGAAUUUGAGAAUCAAUCUACAAGAUGAGGGAGGGAAAUAACAGAUCGAAAAUCUGAUAUAAUAUAUUAAUUUACAAGUUUUGAACAUUUUAUUAUUUUAUAUAAGUUUCUUUUACAAUACACAGUUUCCUAUACA